AUGACAAUGUUGCUUCCUUACCGCAGUUACACGAGUCUCUCGCGAAGAAUUAAGCAUUACUUCGGGCUCCAGGAAAGGGCUGGCCCGGCGAUCAACAGCGGGCAACGAAGACCAUCUCGAUCACCGCGCAGUCAGCGUAGCCGCAGCGCGGACGUGGACUGCCUGAAGAAGUACACGGAGCGUCGCGUGGAGGAACGUCGGCACACGGAAAUUACCGACACCAGCAAGCUGGACACCUCGCGAUGGAUGCCGCUGCCGAGAAACCUGCCACGCGGACAGCAGUCGGCUACCAAGAGACCAUCGAGGGAUGAACGACAGGAAAGCAUCAACGAGCCGACGACGCUCGGCGGUGACAAACGUCGCUCAGUGGCGAAGCCGACCUCGACCGUGCCGACUGAAAACCGUCCGUCCAAGGUCGAGAGCGAGAUCGCCGGUCAUUCCGCCGCCCGUAGAAGCCACAGCGCUGAUGUGACCGCCCUGAAGAGCACGGAGGAGCGCACCACCGAGCAGCGGAGGAACACGGACUGCGGCGACCCGCGCUCCAUCGCCACGAGGUGGCUACCGCAGAUUAACGGCGCAAAGUUUCGCCGGGAGUCAUCUCCCCUUGCAAGAAUCGGCUGCGAGAUCACGAAAAGCGCGGCUACCCGGUGGAUGACCUUCGCCAAGAAUCCGUCGCCCGAUCCUAUACCAAAGAUAAAUCCCGAGAGAAAAGGUUCGUUCACCGAACACGGCAAAAAGGACGACGAAUCGUCCAAGGAUUCGAAUCCUCCUAAAUGGCAGCCCUCUAGGAAGUUCCUAUCGGCGAAGGACGAAAGAGGACACUUACAGAGACAAGAUGAAUUGGAUGCCAGCAGAGAUCGUUCCCCGAGCUUUGCCGACGCUAAUGAGCGAGCAAACAAACUCACCGAACGUAUGCGAGAUUUGUAUGAUUUUAAAACGGAGAACGAGUGGCCAAAGAGAACGGGGAGUUCUCAUUCUCGGGAGAUCGCUUGGAUCAGCAAAAGUAGUAGUAUAGAAGAGGAGAAAACUAAUUAUCAGCCGGUUCGCAGGAAGAGUCAAGAACUGGAAUUUAACGACAGAAUUGAUAUAUUUAAGUCCAAAAUCCAGCACGAAGACGACCCACGGAGAUUGAAACGCAGUACUCAAGAAACCGGCGAGGUGUUCGCGGACGAGCGCGAGGAGCGCCUGCGGAAGUUCAAUGAGAAGCUACGAUAUAGCGAGGAUCGCGGCAAGGAGCGAGUUCACGCUCGCGAAAGCCGGCGUACCUACUCGGACGACUACGACGAGAAGGCACGGCGGGAGUCUCGUCCGUCCCAGCAGCCGCUGACAAUCAAGAGGCCGGAGCCGCUGCAGAUCAAGCGACUGAUCGAGCAAAAGGAGAACAAGCGGAACACGGACGCGAGCACGAAAUCGCGCGACUCCCGAGUUAGCUACGCGGAGAUCGAGUUCGUGAAGAAGGAUUCGCGCGAUUCCCGAGUCAGCUACGCGGAGAUCGAGUUUGUGAAGAAGGACCCGCGCACCAGCGACGCGAGUUACGCCAGCGUGAACCUGGUCAAGAGAGGCAGCGUCGAGUGCAAGAGCACGCAACAGAUCCUCGAGGUCCCUCCGAGAAGAGCCUUCAGCCAGACUGACGAACGACCGGCCACUCCGAUACCACCGAUCGAGUUUAACGACGAACGAUACGUGCCGAAGAAGCUACCUUCGGAACCUCCGAAGAGGGACAGUACCAGGUACAAAGUAUACCUGACGUAGGAGACGCCUGCAGACGUCUGCAAAUUCAUCGUGUGAUAUCCAGUGUCAAUUUGAAAAUAUUCGACCGGUGUUUAUCACUUUGUUGAGCAAAAAUCGAAUUUUGAAUAUUUACAGAAAUGAAUAAACCGAAGAUGUAAGUCACUCGCGGAAGGUAUGGUGGAGUCAUUGUCUGUGAAUAACUGUUAAACGUAUUCAGAUGUUCGCUGUGUUCACCGUAAAAUACCGUAGACGGAGAUGGAUAUAUAUUUAAACUUGAUAUAUAUUCGGGAAUUACAAUGAUGCGGGACUUGGCCGCGUAUGGCAACCUGAUUCAUACAUGUAAUAGGUUUACACAUGAUACGAUGAGCUACGUAACUCGGAAUUUCCAAUUUGUGUUUUUCAUGCGUCCGUUCGAAGCGUAACUGCGAUAUAAUUAAUAUUGUACAAAUAAUGUGGCGCAAAAUAAAUAAUAAAAUAUUCUUUGAAGA